CUUUCUGCAGCAGAUUCCUGAAAAGGUUGCACUGUUUACACUCAAAGUUUAUUUCUCAUCAUAACUGGUCAGUGUCUACAUAUGAACUGGCCCUUUAAGAAGGAAGCUGCCUUGGGCUUUUGGGAAGAGGCAGAAAUUCAGCCAAAAAGAGAGCGAGAGCGAGAUUGUCACAGAGAGUUUGCUGAUAGAGGAGGCAGAACCUAGGUUAAUCUGGCCUUAUGGCUACAAACAUGGCAACAUCACACCCUCUUCCAGAAGGUUUCACUGAGCUGGAGGUGUUUGGUUUUGGAACAGUAAUGAUGGCAGAAGCAUUGUUUGGAUUCUGUCUCAAUGGACUGACUAUCCUUUCAUUCCGCAAAAUCAAAGAACUCCGAACUCCUGGUAAUUUCCUGGUUUUCAACCUUGCAUUGUCUGACUGUGGAAUCUGCAUCAAUGCAUUCAUUGCAGCUUUCUCUAGUUUCUUAAGAUAUUGGCCCUAUGGCUCCGAUGGUUGCCAGAUUCAUGGAUUUCAAGGAUUUUUAACAGCACUGACUAGUAUUAGCUCUGCAGCUGCUGUUGCCUGGGACCGAUAUCACCAGUACUGCAGUAGAAGUAAGCUGCAAUGGAGCUCGGUAAUCUCCAUGGUGGUGUUUAUAUGGCUAUUUGCUGCCUUUUGGUCUGUGAUGCCACUUCUGGGAUGGGGUGAAUAUGACUAUGAACCGCUAAGAACAUGCUGCACAUUGGACUAUACCAAAGGAGACAGAAAUUAUAUCACAUACCUUAUUCCUCUGGCCCUCUUCAAUUUUAUUAUCCCGGCUUUCAUCAUACUAACAGCCUACCAAUCUAUAGAUCACAAAUUCAGGAAAACUGGACAGAUCAAGUUUAAUACUGGUUUGCCAAUAAAAUCCUUAGUCAUUUGCUGGGGUCCCUACUCCCUUUUAUGCUUCUAUGCCGCGGUUGAAAAUGUGACUUUCAUCUCGCCCAAAAUCCGAAUGAUUCCUGCUGUUAUUGCCAAGACUUCGCCAGCAGUGAAUGCCUUAAUCUAUGCCCUGGGAAAUGAGAACUACAGAGGGGGAAUAUGGCAAUUCCUCACUGGACAGAAGAUCGAAAAAGCCGAAGUUGAUAAUAAAACUAAAUAAUGUGCUUCAGUGUUAAGAAAAGAGCCUCUUUACAUAUAUGAUUUUUUAAAAGUGUGCACCUAAACCUUUAAAAUGUGAAUGUGAUGAACAGAUAUUUGAAGGCAUGUAUAUCAUAUAGGCAGGACUGUCUCUAGCUUUUGCAGGGGUCCCCAUGAUGAGUUAAGGAUGGGCCAGAGCUCAGUGGUAAGGCACCUGCUUAACAUGCAGACGAUCCUGCGUUCAGUCCCUGGCAUCUCCAGGUCCCUACCUGAGAAAUUCCUGCCUGAUGGCCUAGAGAGCUGCUGCCAGUCCGAGUAGGCAGUGCUGAGCUAGAUGGACCAUUGGUCUGACUCAGUAGAUGGCAGCUUCCUAUGAAUCAAUAUUGUUCUGUUCCUGCCAGAAUUAGAAGAGUUUCUGUUUCUGUGCUACAGGAUGGGACCAGGUGCAGGUGCAGGGCCCUGAGUGACUUCCUCCCAUAGUCCCCCCACCCUCCUUCAGGCAGUCCUGCAUACAAGUAUACUUGUCAAAGAGCCGAGACUGGCUGCAGCUCCCUGUUGAGUGUAAACUUAGAAUCUAACUUGGAUAUGCUGCUAUGUACUGUGUGAAAAAGUCCUAAAUUAAAGCAGACAUAUACCUGGAAGUAACCCAAAAGCAACCAGUAGCAGAAACCAUGUGCAUUUGCUGUAACUUUAUAGUGGUUCCACAUUGGAAAAGUUUUGUACUGUCUGCAAGCAGCUGUAUUAUUGAAAGGAUGCCGUGCAGAUAUAACUAUGGUGUUUGCCUUUCAAUCUGUCUUGUGCUCUUUGUCAAACAAGCUUCCUCAAACCUCUGUGGGUUGACACUGGUCUUAUUUUAUAUAUAAUUUCAAAUAAAUUGUGAGCUGUGAAGCAAAAUGGAAUAAUCCUCAGAAAACAAACUGUACGAAAGACAUCUAGGGAAUCCAGUGAGGCCUGGUGGAAAGGAUUUCCGCUUGCUUUGUACAUAUGGUUUUUCUGGGUUAUCACGAGAUUAAAGCAGUAUUUCUGCCAUA